AUGUGGCUUCGUCGGUUGUUGUACAUAUUUCCCGAUUCAUUUCAUUUUACCGGUUUUCCAUCCUGUCGUUUCAAAGUGUCGCGUGUUUUGCCGGCCCUGAUUGCUGGCCCUCUCUAUGACGGCAUCUCAUCAUUCAUCUACUUCUUUAUCAUACUCAUUCUUCUGGAGACGUCGUCGAAGACGUUGGCUGAAAACAUCCCAGUCACCUUGUUCAUUGAUCCAUCGAUCAGUAAUGCUGAUGCAAUUUUUGAGCAAGCAAGAGCAGAAGUCCUUCAGUUUUCUCCCAAUGUUACUUUAGAAAAUGUGGUUUCCAAAAGUGGACCAUGUGGAGAUUUAGAAUCAGAUACAAAGGAUAUAUUUUCUUUUUUCCAAAACUAUCAUGCCAAGAAUUAUAGAAUCACUAUGGGACCGACUUGUUCAGCAAAUUUUCUCCGAUUUGCCAAUCUAUCUGCUGAAAUUCAAAGUCUUCAAAUAAAUAUUCUCAAGGGUUAUCCUUAUGAUCACCCAACUAUGAUCGAUAUGAUAACACGGUCUCCACAGAAUUUGGCUGAAAAUUUAGUUGCUGCUUUGAAAGGUUUAGAGUGGGCUCAAGUUGGAGUAGUUAUGUGUGAAGAGUGCUAUGAAGACGAUGAAAUGGCAAGCGAGAAAUAUUUCUCAACGGUUCAAGACAUUCUGGCAGACAAUAAUAUUGCGAUAAAGGAAACUUUGAAGUUGAAAAAAGGAGAAAGUAGUCAGAAUAUUUCACAGGAAAUCAGUGUUUUUGAGUCAUCGGCAAGAGUUCUUCUACUAUUCCUUGGGAACGAUUUAACAGAUUAUGUAGAGUUUUUGUCGGCGAUGAGUGUGAAGAAUUAUACAACAGAAGAGUAUACUCCAGUCAUUGUUCUAUCCAAAAAUUCACUGGAAUUGGUUUACCCAUGGAAGAAUGAUGUUUCAACUAUUGAGGUUUUUGAUAAGACUUUUAUUAUCCACAAUAACUGUUACGAUAAGAACAGAAUCUCCUCAUUCCUCUCGAAAUAUUCAUUUUCUUCACUUGAUGAGACGAUCAUAUCACUCCAAAUGUAUGAAGCUUACCAUCUACUCGGUUAUUAUCUCUCAAAUGCCAUUACGAACACCACUCUUUUCAAUUAUGUGACACCGGAGAAGUCGAUUUCAUCAAUGGAUAUUCAUGGACCAUUCGGAGAGAUUUAUGUGAAUACGAAUGGACAAAGAGUGGCAGGUUACGACGUGAAGUUCAUCAACAAGACCCAAACCGACAGUAACUUCGUCACAAGCCUCGGUACAGUGGGCGCUCAUAAGAAUUGUCCUCGUCUAGCUUGUCUUCGUUUUGUAAUCAAUUCAACAUCACAUUUCGAAUCACCGAAAGAUGUCCCUCUGUGCGGUUUCCAUGGGGAGAUAUGUGAUCAGACGGGUGUCAUCUAUGCUAUACUCGUCAUCGUUGCAGCCAUAUGUCUAUUUUUACUUUUCUACAUUUCCAUCAAACGAUUCCUCAUCAGCACCAGAGGAAGAUCCGUCAGUAAUCCAUGGCUUAUACCGUUUACAGAAAUCAGAUUCAUAGAUUUGAAGAGUACGGAGGGGAGUAUGCAAAUGAGUAUCCAGAGUCUCCAACAAAAAAUCGCUGAACGUGAACAUUUUCAACAACUAGCGAGAACUAAACUGAUAGCAACAGUAGAUCAAAGUUAUGUUCUCGUUGAUAAAUUCGUUGUUCGAGACAAGAUUCGAUACGAGAAGAACGAUAUCAAUAUACUAUAUCAGAUGAAAUCACAAUUACAACACGAUAAUUUGAAUACAUUCGUUGGUUUUGCUAAUGACAAGCUCUCUCAUAUUUACAUUAUUUGGCAGCAAUGUUUUCGUGGAAGUUUACACGACCAUAUUUUCACAAAGGAACGAAGGAGAGAAGCAGCGACCAACUUCGAAGGAGCAUUUCUGAGAGAUAUUCUGAAAGGAAUGGACUUUUUGCAUAACAGUUCUCUUGAGUAUCACGGCAACCUGACACUUCAAAACUGUCUUCUUGAUUCCCAUUGGAUUGUUAAACUCAGUGGUUUUGGUACGAAUCGUCUUCUUGUAAAAUGGAAAGCAAGUGGACAGAUAUUCACUGAAGAUCACACACCGAUCAUUAAGUCAGAAGAACUACACUACUUCGACCCAGCUCUCAAAAAGAUUUGGAAGUCAUUAACAGGAACGAAACAAGAUAAAUAUUUGGUCACUCCAGAGUUUGGAAGGAAAUGUGAUAUGUAUUCAUUUGGAGUUUUGCUCUAUGAAAUCUGCCUGAAAAAGAAAUUUGUUCCGGACCUAACUGAUAUUCCAAGAGAUGACGAUGAAAGUGUUCUAAUCGACGACCAAAACGAUGCACAGGCGAGCAAAUACCCACUUCCAAUCGUACUUCCAGAUGGGGUUGACAUGCAUAAUGACCUGAUUAAAAUGCUCGAAAAUUGUUUUGGAACAAAUCGACCCGAUGUGAAAUUAGCCAGAAAAAUUAUUGAUACUGUCCUCAAAAUGCAAGGAUCACUGGUUGAUCUGAUGAUAAAAAAUUUGACAAUUUACACAGCUGGAUUACAUGAAACAGUACGAAUUCGAACGCUUGAAUUGGAAGAAGAGACGAGGAAAAACGAUGUGUUAUUGUUUGAACUUCUUCCAAAAGAGAUAGCGUAUCAAAUGAAACGAGGAGAAAAAAUGAGUACAACCACAUACAAACAUGCGACAAUUCUCUAUUCGGAUAUUGUUGGAUUCACUUCAUUAUGUUCUGAGAGUGAGCCGAUUGAAGUUGUUACUUUAUUAUCUGGAAUGUAUCAAAGAUUUGAUUUGAUUAUUAGUCAACAGGGUGGUUAUAAAAUGGAAACGAUCGGAGAUGCCUAUUGUGUAGCUGGAGGAUUACCAAUGGCAAGAGAAAAAGAGCACAUCAGGAUUAUUUGCAUGAUCGCUUUGCUCCAAAGAGAUUGUCUGCAUCAUUUUGAAAUUCCGCAUCGACCUGGAAGAUACUUGAAUUGUCGAUGGGGAUUCAAUUCUGGGCAAGUGUUCGCUGGAGUCAUAGGUAUCAGUGCUCCACGAUACGCUUGUUUCGGAGAAGCUGUCAUGUUGGCAUCGAAAAUGGAAAGCAAUGGAAAGGAGGAUAGGAUACAGUUGACAUUGUACAGUAAACAACUUUUAGAAGAUUAUUAUCCAGAGUUUACUACAUCUCCGAGAGGAAAUAUUACUGUUGAUACUUUUGGACAUCUUUUGACUUAUUGGCUUGAAGGAAUCGCCGACGGAUCGGAAUUGAAAGUGAAAGAAUACCAAGAUGCACUGAAUGAAGAUCUCACAAAAGUCCCCGCAUGGAAAGAUGGAGAGGAACCAGUUCCGUCUGUGCUGACUGUGACACAGAAAGAUAGAAUAACUCGGGCAAAAGAGAAGGUGUUGGCUGAAAAGAAACAAUUGGAAGAACGGCUGAAACGUCAGAUGACUCUCAAUGAAAUAUUGGAAGAUCAUGAAGAAGAAGUUGAAAUGAAUGUUGUGCUGAGAGAUGACGAUGAUAAGCACAGUGCGAUUGAUCUGGCUAGUAUUCUGAGUGCCCCACUUGAUGAUGAGGAUGAAGAAGAAGAAGUUGGAAGAGUUAUAGGACACGGAAGGUUGGAUAGUCAGGCUUCGACUAUUCCGGAGAACUGA